AAUUUUAAAUAUAUCUCUAUUCAACAAACGAAAUCAGGCACCUCGUCGAUAGGUGGGUGAGCGCAUCUUGAGCCCCACUCAGUUACAUCUAGAUACAGCACGCUGUGAGUGCAUUAUGGAUAAGCCCAAUAUGUUUCUGUUGGUAUUACGUGUUUGUCCAAUUAUUUAAUAUCGGACGAUGCUCUCGCGUCUCACAGGGAAGCACCCGAUUGAUAUGAAGGUCACCAAGGAAGAGUUAAAGAAGCACAACACCAAGUACGACGCGUGGAUGGUGCUUCGCGGACAAGUGUACAACGUGACCCACUUCCUGGACUUCCACCCUGGGGGUGCGGAGAUUGUGGUACAGGCGGCUGGUAGGGAUGCCACUGUGUUGUUCGACAAGUACCAUUCGUGGGUGAACAUUGGGGGCAUUUUGGCCGGUUGCCGGGUGGGGCCGUAUUCACCGUGACCACAUACGGUUCGUAUGCUGGGCUUAGGCCGUGUAGCUGCCUGUCAAUACAGAUUGGAGCUGAUGGAUAGGCGAUUUUAGUUGUACAGAGCAAGGGUAUUUCUCACUUUCAGAUCGAGAUACCCCCCUCCCACCCCAUCUAAUUGAAUGGGGGCUGAUAUGUAGCAUGCUGGCAGUUACGGACGACCUGGACCUUGUGGUAACUACCGAAUGUAAUGUUUACAACGCGUUCGAUUACUGUUACAACUUGAUUGACGUACAUCGCCCGCCUAGUCGAAGUCGACAUGUUUCUGAACACCUGUGAAGCAUUUCGAAACGAAGAUUACCGUAGCUUGCCAAAAAUAGUAUAAGGAAGUUAUGAAAUUGCACAAGCAAAUAAGCUAUUUGAACCGUUUGAGUUUUAGAACGAAUCGGGGUUAGACUUUAGUUUCAUACGAAAAGUUUGUUUAAAAUACAGAAGUUUUAAAACGAGCUAAAUAAUUAGGUGUCGUAGCGAUAUAAUAUUUUUAGAUUUUACAGACUGAGAAUACGUAUACGAACUAAAAUAUUUGUGCUUUUUAGUUCUGACUCAAGUCACAAAUAAAUAACUCAAAGACUGGAUACAUUUUUUAGAUGACAGGAUUCAAAUAAAAACUUGAUUGGGUGGCGC